AUGAAGGUGCGAGUUCUUGCAAGCAGGUUUGGAGAUUUCGACGAGGAAAGACUAUUCUACAGCAAGUACGGCGCCGGCGACAUGUUUGGCGAUGGCUACCACCCAUGGGGCUCCGCCGCCGUGUCGAAGCGGGCGCUCAACAAGCUCGACCAAGCGAUGCAGGACUUUGGCGAGUGGCUGGCGCAGGCAGACACCAGCCAGGGCCCGGCGACGUUCAAGUUGAAGUACCACCUGGUGCAGCACUGCCGCAAGGAUCUCAAGCAGCGCGUCUCUAAGUACGCAUCCCUUUCCUGGGACAAGCAGAAGCUGAAGAACCGACAAUCCCUGGUGUGGCUCGCAGAGUUCACGGCCACCGCUGACGGCCAGGCGGCUUUUCUGCAGGACCAUCCCGAAAAGGCACCCCUCGCCGCUGCCACCGUCGAGCAGCGGGCCGCGCAGCCACCAGCCAUGCCAGCCGACGUGGAGGCGACGGCGCCGACACCGCAACCGGGCGCCGCGGCUGAGGGGCCGCGGGGCGGCGCGGGGGCGCAGCCGGCGGCGCGGCCAGCGCGUGGCGGCGGCGAGCAGCAGCGAAGUGGCGGCGAGGUCAAGGGCAUGACCGAGGCAGAGGCUGAGCUGGCGGCCCUGGAGGCCAUGGUAUUUGGAAAAAGCGCGGCGAAGAUGGCUGCGGCGCGGCAGGUGAAGCCUGCGGCGGACGAGCCUGCCGCCAAGCGCAGCCGAGCGGCGUAA